GUUUAUUUAAUUUUAUUCAAUUAGAGUUUAUUAUUUAAAAUAUAUAAUAACCAGAAUGGAUUCAUCUUCCAGACGUUCUCACUCAUCUUCUAGACGACACGAACGACGACGGUCUCCAUCUGUAGAAAGAUCAAGUCGUCAAAGAUCUUCUGAAGAAAAAGAAGAAAGAUCAAGACACAGACGACACCGACACGAUUCACCUACUGAAAAACAUCGUUCUUCAAGAAGUCAUCGUCAUUCUUCCCACAAGUAAAAAGUCUUUUCAUAUGACAAAAAAAAUGAUAUCAACUGAACUUUUUUUUUCUUCUUUUUUUUUGGAUAUGAAUAGAAAGAGGCACCGAUCACCAUCAACUGAUUAUACAAGUUCUUCAAGUUCUUCGGAAGAUGAAUCGCGUGAACGUAAACACAAGAAACAUAAGAAGGAAAGAAAGCAUAAAAAGUCAAAGAAAAAGUCCAAGAAACACAAGAAAUCUAAACUAGGGGCUGUUGGCGAUGAAUGGGGUAAAUAUGGUAUUAUUCAUGAAUCAGAUAUAUUUAGCAAGGAAGCUGAAUUCCAAGCAUGGUUGAUUGAUAUCAAGAAAGCUGAUGUGGAAACCCUUAGUAAUGUGAAACGAAAACAAAUGUUUAUUGACUUUAUGGAAGAUUAUAAUACUGCGACCAUGCCUCAUGAAAAAUAUUAUAAUUUGGAAAAAUGGGAACAACGGGAUAGAGCAUUACGUAUGGGUGAACCAGUACCAGCAUCAAAUACAGAAUUUAAUAUUCAGAAGGAUGAAGAAAGACUACGUAUGGAACAUAAACGUGCAGCAAGUAUGGCAGCAGCAUCAAAGGUACCAAGGUUACAAAUGUCUCGUGAUCAAUUAGAAGCUCUGACCAAAGUCAAUCGGGAAAGAGUGGAACUGGAUCGAAUGCGAAAGAUGGGAUUGAAGACCAAACAUAGUUUAGGUGUACGUUAUGAUGAACAAUAAACAAUGAAUUACUUAGUUUAGAUAUAUUGGUUUGAUUAUAUUGUCUGUGCGUAUGUGAUUGAAGUUUUAUGUUUGAAUCAAUAAUAAAACAAAUCAUAUAUUUAAAUAUCAA